AUGUUGGAGGAUAUUAUUAGAAUUAUUCUCAAAUAUUUGGAUGUCUGUGAUAUACAUUCGGUUCUUCUAGUUAACCGAGAAUGGUGUCGAGCGGUCGUUCCAAUUUAUUGGAAAGCUCCAUUUAGUUUUACCAAGAAAAGGAGUGUGACUGCACUAAAGAUUUAUGAAAUGUUUCUUGAACAGGGAAAUAUUACGUCCGCUCAGGGUGAAGCUCAAAAGGUUCUACCAUUUUUCGAUUAUCCAUCAUUUAUCAAAGAACUCAAUUAUACGAGUUUAUUGGCUUGUAAAGGAACAUAUGAAAGAAUCAAAACAGUUGAAUUAAUACUUCAAAUGUUAACAGACCGUGAAAUUCGUCUGGAAACUUUUAUUAUGGAGAAUACCGGUGCAAAUAACGAAAGGGCUUAUGGAUUAUGGACAACACCAUGCUAUGCCCCAAUAUUCAGUACCCUUAUUCAUGUCGAAAUUCAUACUCCUUUCCCAAAAAGUAAUGUAAUCAAGUCAUUAGCAAAAAAUUGUACGAGACUGUCCCAUCUCGAUAUCAAUCUUCACGAUACCUCGGAUGAACGUGCUAAAGAAUCGGUCAAUUAUCUUGAGGAACUCAUUUCUGCCCAGAAACGACUUUUGAAUCUUCGUUUGGUGUUUCCAAACGGGCCCGGGAACAUGCUUAUCAAAGCAUUUCAGUCCCGUCUUGAAUCUUUUCAACGACUUGAACUUGUGAAAUGGAACUUUUCCGGGUGUGAUUGGAGUUGGUUAAAUAAUUGUCCGAAUUUGAUCGAAUUUGCAAUUACAACUCCUCCACCUCAAGUCUCUAGAAUUUUUGGCGCAGGGCAUGAAACCUAUCGCUCGAAACCAUCGAAAAAUUCAAAGAUUUUGACUGAACAUUGGCAUUUUGACAAAGGUGACGAAAUUUCUUCAAUGCCAAAAUUUUACUUUCACUCUGGUAAAUCGUUGAUGGCGCCACAUGAUGGUGAAUCUCCUACUGUUAUCAAACAACCAAAGGUGGUACGCUAUAUCAGUAAAGAAAAAUUACGUCAGUAUCAGUCAGAGAACUUCUUAAGGACAUAUUCAAAAAUGAUUAAUAGGCUCGCAAGAGAAGAAGCCGAAGAGGCUGAAGAGGAAAGACGUCGCAGGAGACGUCAAAGGAAACGUGAUGGCUAUGAUUACGAUUCUGAUGAUUUUGAUUUUGAGGAUUAUUUUGGUAUGACUGAAGAGCAAUGGUAUAAUUGUUAUGAUCCUUCAGAUUGA